GAGGAGGAGCGAAGAGCGAAGCGGGGGUGCGCGUGAGUGGUGGGUGUGCUUCUCUGGUUCCCGAUUGUGGUGUGUGCAUCUUGAGUAAGGUUCGCAUCUUGAUUCGGCUCCUGCGGAUCAACGGGAGGACUGUAGCGCCGUGUUUGUCUUGUCAGAGGUGAGGAGGGCUCUGAAACACGACAAACAUGCCUCGAAAGCACCGAAAAUGCGCAUCUAUGCUUGUCUUCAGGUGCCUGAGAUUUGUGUGCCUGCGGCAUCAAGAUGCCGCCGGCGCUCCACGAUAGUGGAGGCGGCCUUCAGGGGUCCAUGUUCGCCGGCUUUGCGUCGUCGCCCCGUUCCUCUCCCUCUCACCCACCACCGCUCCCCGACCAGCGCGUCACGGUUGCCGACAUUCUGCCUCGCCGCAUCGCAUUCGUCAAACUCGGUUCGACCUCUGCGGCAGGAGGGCAGCUGCAGACCAAGGCGGCCGCGGGGAGUGCGGGCGCCACGUCGAUGCAGACGAGUGACGACUGCGACAUUUUCGACCCGCCGAUAGAGCUGUCGAAGGAGAGCGAUAUGCCGAAUCGCAAGUGGGAGCGUCCCCUGCCGCCGGCGAGGGGUCUGUUCAACGAGCGCAACGACUGCUACCUCAACGCGACGGUGCAGGCGCUGGCGCACGCCCCCCCGCUGGUCAACCACAUGCUCAAGGGCAAGCACCGGGCCACCUGCCACCGACGGCAGCGCCGCCUCCACUGCACCCUCUGUGUCUUCGAGGCCACGGUGCAGGAGGCUUACCGGGGCACGAGCACCUCAUUCGAUGCCGUCCGCCUCAAGCAUGCCAUCCGGCCCGUCUGGGCGCCCAUUCGGUACGCUAGGCAGGCGGACGCCCACGAAUUCAUCCGGGUGCUGGUGGAGACGUUCCACUCGUCGUGCGAGCCCCUGACGGACGGCAAGCCGCAGCUGCGGCGGCUGCUGCUGCGGCAGAACGUGCAGGCGACCAGCUGGAUAUCUCGGCUGUUCGGGGGCUGGCUAAGGUCGACCAUCGAGUGCAAGACUUGUGGAUACGAGUCCAACACGUACGACUUCUUCCUCGACCUGUCGCUGGAACUGGAAGGUAUGUGAGCGCUGGGUAGGAGGGAUGGAGGGAGGGAGGGAGAGCUGUGGGAGAUAUGGAUGGUCUGUUGUGUGCUGCGUGGUAUUUGCAGCUGGUAUUUCGAGUUUGCCUGGGGCGUUCAAGCACUUCACGGCCAAGGAGAGGCUCUGCAACCAAAACAAAUACAAGUGAGCCAGCAUCAAUCACAUGCAGAGCAGAGCAGCCGCAUCACACGUCGGUCUGCCUGUGGAUGUGUGUGUUGGUGUAUGUGUCAGUUGUCCCGAGUGCGGCCACAAGGUACCGUUGGCCGAGAAGCGCAUCCUGCUGCACCGGUGCCCGGAGCUGCUCACCCUCACCCUCAAGAGGUACGCCGCCCACCCCCCCACCCACCCACCAACCACCCCCCUACAUACAAUACACAUCGACUGACUGACACCCACCGAUCCAUCCAUUCAUUCAGAUAUCCCAAUCUGCCGGUCAGGUUCGCCCCCCGUUGGCAGAUGACGUCAUGGAGCCGUCGGCACUUCACCAGCCACAAGAACGGCAAGGCCAUCCAGUUCCCCGCACACCUCGACCUCAAGGACUUCACCACCAACGAAGCCAGAGGAGAACCCCCAAAGCAGAGACGCACAGCCACCCAGCAGCCACAGCCACAACCACAGCCACAGCCACAGCCGCAGGCCAACCCAUCUUCGCCUGUGGCUGGGUCUGCGUCUGCCGUGGGCGGUGGUGCGGUGCCGUCCGGAGUGCGUUCGUCGCCCCACUGUCGGUACAACCUGUGGGCGAUGGUCUCUCAUCGGGGGUGGACGGCCAACUCGGGGCACUACGUGACGUAUGCCAAGGCCGCCAAUGGCAACUGGUACUGCUUCGACGAUGCCAAAGUCUAUCUGGUGAGCAAGGGAGAGGGGGGACAGGCACACACAUAUGGGUGAGGCAGGCCUUGUCGAGUUGUGUGUGAAUGGACCUUACGCAUGUACGUCUGUAUGUAUGUAUGUGUGUGUGUUGGCGUCAGGUGAGCGAGAGGACGGUGUUGAGUUGCAUGUGCGAGGCCUACAUCCUCUUCUACCAGCAGGAGGCGCCAUACCCACCAAAGGACAAGCAGCAGCAGGACCCGCAGCCAUCCCCACCACCAGCUGCUGACACCUCCCCCGCCGCGCCACAUGUCCCCUCCCCGCCCCCCGCCGCUACCCCCACUCCUCCCUCGUCGGCCAUGACCAUCGAUCUCACGGCUGACGACGAGGCGCCGCCAUGCACCAAGGGCGGGCAAGAGAAGGAGACGGAGGCGGCGAAGGAGGGCGACAAGGCCGCCGCCCCGCAGCCGCGAGAGGAGAAGAUGGCCGAGGCCACCGCUGAGGCGGCACCGUCUGUAGGGCAGAAGCGGAAGCUCGAUGAGGGUGGCGACACUGGAGGCGAGGAGGGGGAGGGAGAGGGGCUGGGCGCGCUGGAGCGAUCUGUUCGCCAGGCGCGCCUUAAUGGUGCCAAGGAGGCGGCUGCCGACCAGCUGGCGUUGGUGCCCUUUGGCAAGCUCGACGAGGGCGUGGGGGAGGCCAAGGAGGAGGAGAUGGGGGUCGCGCCGGGCAGGGAGAAAGGCAAGAAGAGUGUGGGUCGGCCGUGGGCCGACAUGAGCAUUGCGGAGAGGCGUCGGCGCUUCAACCAUCUGGCGAGCCGCCACGCGUCGCUGCUGAUGCCCACCACCACAUGCGGGCGCAAGAUGAGACGACAACUCAUACUCACGGUCAGACACACGGAUGGGCAGCACACGACUAGGUGGGCUUCAUAUUUGUCAUGUUUGUGUUAUCCUUUGGUGUGUGCAGAAUGCUCAUUUCCGUUGGGCGUGUCGGUUUCUGCGCAAGGUGCGUGGAGCCGAUCACGAUGCGGCGGCCACGUGCCGCGACCUGGGCCUCCUGGUGACUGAGCGAACUGAGGUAGGCACAGAGGCGGGGAGGGAGGGAGGGAGACACACGCACCACCAGAGCGACAGAUGACGGCUCUUAUAUAUGGUUGUUUGCUCAGGUGGCUGAGGGGCGGGGCUACCCCGCUGGUGCUGGUGCUAGUGGUAUUGAGGAUGCGGUUGGUCGACUGGCGGACGGCCAGCUGCCCAUAUGUGGCAAGACGGAGGCCAACGAGGAGGGGGAGGUCAAGGGCGACGCUGAGAUGGAUGUCAAGGCGGACCAUCAACACCACAAGAUGGAGGAGGAAAAGGAACACAAGUAGGCGACGCCACAACCACACGCCAUGACCAGCUGACGCACACCGGGAGUGUGUGUGCGUCUGUGUGUGUGUCAGGUUGGUUGAGGCGACGAGCCAGGAGAAGGAGUGUGUUUUGGCGCCCUUCUCCCCUGAGGCACGUCGACAACAGGUACCACCACAUACACCACCAGCUCAACACAGACACUGACACGCCGCAUCUGAUCGUCUCCCCUUGACCGCAUUCAGGCUCGUUCGCUCAUCCAGCAGUUCGGCACAGCCAACGGUAAAUGCACUCAGGCAGGCAGUCGGGCACGUGCUCUCUCCAUCUUCAUGUGUGUGUGCAGUGGAUACAUGGGAGGGUCUGCCUCCACCCUCCGACUAUGUGGCGGCCCAGGCGCAGCAGCAGCCACCCAUCCAGGAGCGGUCGCAGGAGGACAAGGAGUACGACAAAGGCAAACUCAAGAAGGACAAGAAGAACAAACACACCACCACACACAUCAAGACCGAUGCACACACAGACACAGGUCAGCCACAACACACAGAGAGACAAAGAGGCGCACCACGGGGGCAACGGUCGUGUGCACAUGUGUGUGUGUUGGUGUGCAGGUGACGGUUUGCCAGUGGUGGUCAACGCGUCCGCCUUCGAUGCCGUGCUCGAGGGCCGGAAGCACGGUGCCUUACACCACCACAACCACCACAAGCACCAUGGGCGCGAUUCACAGAAGCGUCGCGUCAAGAAGGACAACAAGUUUUUGAAGAAGGGCAAGGCGGGCGGGGGGUUUCAAUGAGUGAGUGACAAACAGCAAACGCCACACACACACUCUUGUGCUCAUCUGCUUUAGAG